UCUCUCUCUCUCUCUCUAGAUAGAUAGAUAAAAGUUCCUCAUCUCUCCGCCAUUCACGCCUUGAAACCCAAAUCUCGAUUCUUCCCAUCUUUUGUCCCGAGCUCUCGACACUAGCUUUAUCGUCGCCGGAAGAGGCCUGCCGUCGUGUGCGUUCGCGUGCUAUGGGGAACUACGUGUCGUGCACCCUGUCGGGCCCCGCCGGGCGGCAGUCGAGGGCCGCGAAGGUGAUCUUCCCGGGCAGGGAGGUCCAGCAGUUCCACGCGCCCACCAAGGCGGCCGAGCUCAUGCUCGAGACCCCGAACUACUUCCUCGUCAACUCGGCGUCGCUCCGCCCCGGGCGGCGGCUCUCGGCCCUCAACGCGGACGAGGACCUCGAGAUGGCGAACGUCUACGUCAUGUUCCCGAUGCGGCGGCUCAGCUCCUUCGUGACCGCGGCCGACAUGGGCGCCCUGUUCCUCACCGCGAGCUCCGCCGCCAAGCGGGGCGGGAGCCGGGUGAGGGCCCUGCCGGAGUCGGGCAAGGAGAGGGAGGCCGAGGCGACGACCGCCGCCGCGCCGAAGCUGAACCUGGAGGAGAUCGAAGGGUUCUCGACGACGGAGUUCAUGCAUAGACUCUCCAUGUCGAAGUCAAAGAAGCCUUUGCUGGAAACCAUAACCGAAGACUGAGCGAGGUGGUUAAAUGGCGGCGAUAUGAUUGAUUGGGUCGUGUAGGAUUUUCUCCCUCUCUGAUCCGUCAAAUUAGCUUAGACGUGUAAGAAACAUGGAAGGAAAUAUUGUAUUUUGUUGGAGGGAUCGGUGUAUAAAAAUUCAAUUUAAAGGUAAUAUUGCCUUUCUCUCUCU